GCGCUCUCUAGUAGCUUUCCGUUUGAGACUUCGCAUCGUGUAAUUAUCGUGCGGUCUACCAAAGCAAUGAAAUCUUCCACUUUUGUCGUCCGAAAAUAAAAUUGCCCCUUUCGGGUCAACGGUUACGCUACACCAAAGACUAAUAAAUAACACAAAUCAUCUUCAUGACCUCACAACUAUACCCUUUAAUUAUCUGAUAUACACGUAUUCGCCGCAUAUUCGCUUCUAGUAUCCAGGGCACACACGUGGUCAUGGCCGAGAAAGACAUGCGCCUACGCUUAGUGGUGCGUAGGGAUGGCCUCCCGGAAGAACGACUCAUGUGGAAUGUGUCUCUUGAAGACAAUCCGACUAUCUCAAAACUCAUCGAGAAGGUUAAUGAGACCUUUCCCUUAGAGAUCGGCCAGAAAGGGUUGGAGGAUUACGUCGUCGAGCUGCGCGAUCAAGACGGAACAAGUUUCGAAUGCCUCCAUUUUCAACCUGUGCGGACCGUCCUUAAACCUGAUGACCGGGUCUUCAUUCGGGCCCUCGAUCGGGACGAUAAUAGGCGUCGUCGAAUCAGCGGUCGACAUCAGAUCUCUUCCGACGGCAGACACCUCGUCGACGGUAUCCCUUUCGGGCGUCGCCUCUUAAGGGCCCCGGUCGGUCGACCUCCAAUCGACCCUCCGCGGAAGCGCCGUAAACUUCUACACCCUCACGAGAGCCUAGAUGAUACCUUCAACGACGACGAAGAUACACCUACGUUACUUCUCACCAAUGGCGAGCCCCCAGCGGAUAAAUCAGCCUUCCCGAGCGUCAAAUUUAGUUCAAAAUCCGAUUUCAUCGAUGCCGAAACAGAUGAUGGUGACUUCGACAAUGAAGCAGAGGCAGAUGAUGGAAGCGACUAUUCUGAACCCGACGAUUAUGAUCAGCAGAAUUCAGAAAUGCCAAGCGACGAAGAUGAUCUUGAGCAGGAGCUCCGGGAUUUAGCGGAAGAUAACGCUAUUGUUGAAAAUAAAGGGCCUUCAGAUGCGCAGGAUUCAACUAAGGAAGAUCACAAUAAGGUAUCAGCAUUACAAGCUGCGUUCCCCUCGGCGCCAGUAAGCAUCUGCGAGAAGAUUUUGGCGACCUCCGGCGAUGAUCUUAAAUCAGCAUACGAUGUUCUAGCUAGUGGUUUCGCACCGCAGCUGCCGGAAUCCGCAUUACGAGCAGGGUCGACGUCUAUAAGAGCAACAUCAAAGCUAAAAUCACGGAAAUCACGAAAAGAUAGUCCAACAAAAGAUAUCGCUACUGCGUACCCAGAAGAAGAGGCUGUCGACGACAUCACUCACGAUAACGAGGAUAUGUCCGAUAAAGAUGACGAAGAGCAAGUAUCUGCCUUCGUACGACAGUUUGAUCAUCGAGGCCUUCCACCUGGAUCAAUUACUUCUGGCAGAGGCCUGGCGCAGAUGGCUGCAAUAUCUAGCUCGUUUGAUAGUAAUAAGGCGAGCGGCGAGAGCGAAACUACGUCUACGACGUUGAACGGCCAUAAAACUAGCCCCGAAAAGACAGUUGAGGAAGACGAUACAUCGAGCGACGCUACAAGUUCUAGCCCGGAGAGUGAAGAUUCCGAAAUCUCAAGUGAUAGUGAUUCCGAAGAUGAUGACUCUGAAGACGAAGAUAUGUCAUCAAAUAGUAGCGACCAUAGCGGUAAUGAAAGCGACGAUAGCGACGAUGACGAUGGCGAUAGUAAUAUGCGUCCGGCGGAUAGCUCUCCUAAGAGUUCCCAUGAUGAUAUGUCAAGCGAUUCGGACAAUGAGAGUGAUGAUAGCAGCGAUGAUAGUGACGAUGGUCCAGAAGAAAUCCCCUUGAAGCGUCAGUCUUCCAAUAGUCAAAAACUCAGCCGAAAAGGAGGUCUCGGCCAUGAUAAUACUUCUGACGAGGGUGAAGUAUCAUCGGAUGAAAGUUCUGAUGGAGAAUCUAGCGGAGCUGAAUCAAAUUCCGCGUCGGAAAGCGAAGAUGUAGAAGAGACUUCCAAUAGCACCGAUACAGCUAGAACACGUGUCCAAACUUCGCUCACCGGAAGCGUGCAAACUAAGCCUUCACAACCACCACUAAAUACGGUUCCUCAGGUUCAGCUAGUGCCUCCCGGAGCUGGUAACGAGAGGACCAAAAAGCGAAAUGCUCGCCGAAGAGCCGCAAAUAAGGCCAAAAAGUUGGCGCAACAGGGGGCGAUUAUGGGUGCGACGUCUACAGCCGAGGAAGCUAGGUUACCUAUUAUAGACGAAAACGCCCUCUUUGAAGCUAAGCGACAGGAGCUGUUAAAUGCAAUCGCUAGUGGUGGAAUAGAAAUCCACCCUCAUACUCGGUUUGACGAGCCAUCGAGAACCUCCACGUCAACAAAACGAAAAUUUGAUGAACAUAAUGAACCUAAUCGUCAGAUUAUCCAGCAGGACGCAUUGGCGAUUACACCUGUAACCGAAGACGUGUAUUCAUCAGCUUCUGUUCAAAAGAAGCUUCGUGUAGAUAUAGGCGCCGGUCGGAGACUCCUUUUCGGUGCAUUGGGUCUUCGUAACCCCAAAACAAAAGAAGAUGAAGAUAAAUUACGGGAAAAACUAAUGGAGGAUAUUCGACCACUCGACAACCCAAGGCUCGGCCAGAGAAAGGAUGAUACGCGGCAAAUAAACGAAGACGACCCGACGGUGGAGGAUGAUCUUGAGUCGUGGAAAGACAAAAUCGCAUAUCGAGCCGUAGAGUGCUGUUACGAAGGGGUGCAGCUCAGCGAACCCCCGUUUCCAUUCGUCCAGCGCUGGGAUCCUCAACAGCAAAACUCAUGGUCUCGGAAGAAAAACAAGCGCGGCGGCCAGAGUAAGCGAGCACAGCGAAACCAAGGACAUUUCUAUCAAGACAACCUCUCAAGCAAGAAACGGAAGCACGAAGAAUCUGACAUGUGGGACGAAGAAGGAUAUGAUGAUACAUUCAACGGUAUGGACGAUUACACUAAUGAUGCCGACGUCGAACUCAACUACGAUGACACUGAGGCAUGCCAACCCCGCGAGGCUAAUAGACCUAUAAAUGAUGCGAGCCAGUUUACAGACAUGGAUGAUCUUCCAUCAUUACCAUCGGAUUUAUCGGCGCUUCCCGCUCUACGUCCCGGGGAAGUUCAAGUUGGAAUGGUGAUAACCUGGCAGCAGUGGUCAUGCUCGUCAGCGACCAGUUGGCAGCCGCAGCUUUCUAACGUGACGGGUGUAGUGGUCAGAAUCGAUGACGACGCUACUGGCCUGGAAGUCUGUCUUGCUAAGAGGGAUCGAUAUCUUGAUCGAAACCAGAAGAAAUAUGACGAGAAUACUGGCCAGCGGAUAUACGACAAAUUCGAAGCACCAGAUCUUGAUGACGACGAUGACGACGACGAAGAUGAAGGAGAGGACGAAGGAUUUCGGACUAUCGGCUUCGCCGAAAUGCAGCAGCCUAGAAUUCUUCAACAGCCGCUUUCUAUCAUGGCGCCCAGUGAGAAACCUAGUGCAACUGGCUCCCUUCCUGAAGCUAGCUCGAAUACGAGGAAUGAGCCGCCAGCUAUCGCCGAGGACGUAAAAUCCGACGCACACCCAGAAAGAGAACGGUCUAGCACAAAAGAAUCAAUCGAGGAAAACACACCCGGCGUUGCUUGCGUCGAAAUUUCUUCAUCGGGUCAGGCACAACAACAUGGCGACACGUCAGCAUCUAAUCCUUCGCAGGUCAAUAGCCCUUCCCAACAAUUACAUGAGAGUAUCAGCCAAUCCGUAGGUAUACAAGAGAGUCAACUACCAGUUCAAGAUAUUUCCAGCCGCAAUAUAGAUUCGGAUGAUCCAUCCACUAGGCGAGACAUUGAGGUUCCAGGAUCGGAACUUCCCAGUAUCAGACAGUCGUCGGCCCCUCUAUUCGACAGUCACGAGGAUGAAGUUGUUACCGGGACACCGAAAGUCGUGAGGUCUAAAGCUGUUGUUCCCCCUUCGUCAGUGAGUAGUGCUCGCAGUGGACGGCAGCUGGAUUAUACUUUGCACACGGAAGUUACAGAACCGGAUUCUCUUAAAAUGACAGAUGAUGGCAUCUCUACCGCUCUAGAUACCGAAUACCAACAGGAUUUAGAAUCGGAUGAAGAUAUUUCAACCCCUACGCCCACGCCCUUUGUUCAAGAAGAGUCGGCCGCCGGACCAGAGACAACGGCGCAAGAAUCAGAAUUACGAUUGUCAGCCGAACCCUCAACUCCUAGUUCAUUGUCCUCGAUUAAUACUAUAUGGUGUACGGCGCGCACCUCGCUCACUUCGCGAAAUACACAAAGUCCAUCCAAGUCUCAGUCUCAGUCGCAGUCGCAGUCGCAGUCUCUACCCUCCAACAGACCGCAAAGGGCCCGGGCGCGAGAAGAUCAAGACUAUGAAGAAGAAAUGGGAAAGUUAGAUAGUACGUCGGAUUAUCAAACAAGUUCCUCAAGAGUUCCGGAUAGCUUCGAGCGUAGCAGCCAAAGGAAAGGUCUCGACGGUGUUACUGAGGAUGGUGUUAUUAAAGCGGCUCCAAAUUCUCCACCAAUCAAGACUUCUCCUCCACCGAUGAAAAAAAGGAGAUUGCCUAAAGAGUCAUCCCAGUUCACACUUCCUCCUGGAACGCAGGUAGUCGAAUUGUCCUCGGAUUCAGAACCUGUCUAUACCGAGAAUUAUGCCGACGACGAGGUUGAUGGGACAUAUUCUCCUGAUCCGGACAGUUUACCUAAGGGGAACGGAUGGGUACAUAAGAGGACCGAUACCAAAAUCCGCAACGCGAGAAGUGUGACAGCGCCUAUCAGACCUCAACCACCAAAAAGGAGGAAAUUUAUCUCGUCGUCGCAGGGACCUUUGUCGACUUCUCCCUCAACAUCGACCUCUAUCUUCAGCCCAAUUAAACCUCGGAGGAAAACAAGCUCAAGAUUUUAGUCCCUUUUGUUCAGGAACGAGGUUGGUUUAAUAAACAUUAGGAUAGCUAGCGAAGAAAUAGUGCACCAGCGUCAUAUUACACACCCCUCCGUAAAGGUUAGUUGCUUCAGUUCAAUUAAUAGCUAGAGCAAAUAAAAACAAAUCACAACCAAAAAUGAAUGAUUCCAUUCAUAGU